CUCGUUUUGAUAAGCCUCGUUUUAGAAAGUAGGUCAGCAAAAUUGAAAACUUUUGCUUUUGUAUUGAUUGUCAAAUUACCGGUAUAUGAACGUGUUUGUGUUAGUAAAACUCAACUAUCGAUGUACUGAUUUGAUUGGUGAUCAUUUUGGACUGAUUUUCAUCCAGCUGUUUAUCAAAACUAUGAUGAAAAUUUGGAAGUUUUCUAAAAAUCGAAAGGGGAUUCCCCAUUUUUAACUUUUGGAAUUUCCCAGAAAUAAAAACAAAUGAAUUGCCCAUGUCAAAGUUAAGUAAAUUGGGAGCGAUAACGACAUGAACCAAGUUAGAAUAUGAAGAUUUUAUCAACGCAAUUUACUGAGACAAUAUUAUAAGCUUACACCAAAAACAACUACAGUUGCAUUAACAUUUGAAAGAAAAACAAAAUGCCAGCCGAAAGACAACAUCAUUUUGCAAUAGUGAAGAGGUCAGAUUUGGACACAUAUACAGAUGAUGAUAAACUUGGACAGGGAGGAUUUGGCACUGUAUUCAAGGUAAAACAUAAACAAUGGGGAAUGAAAGCUAUUAAAGUUCUAAAAGAUGCUCAACAAAUAUCUGAAGAUGAGAAAAAGAAGUUACUUAAUGAAGCAGAAAAGAUGGCGAAGCUGCAGCAUGAAAACAUCUUACGUAUUCUUGGUGUCAUCAUGGAACCAGGAAUGUAUGCUAUUUUGUUUGAAUACAUCGCAAACGGAUCAUUGGAUAGCUUUUUGAAGAAGCGUCAAGUUCCUCUGCCAAUCAUAGUGAAGUUUGUGUAUAAGACAAUAUUGGGAAUGAAUUACCUUCACACGAAUGUACCUACUAUUUGUCAUCGGGAUCUCAGAGCUGCCAACUUGUUGGUUACUGAUGCUUUUGACAUAAAGAUUGCGGAUUUUGGUCUCUCCCAGUGGAAGACAUACACGCAACGCCAUAGCACAAGAUUGAGUGCAGAGCUCAACAAGUUUGGUUCAUUCACCCACACAUCACCUGAAAGAUGGCGUAACUUACAAGGCCCUCCAGAGAAAUACCAUGAUGUCUAUGCAUUCGGGAUAACCCUAUGGGAGAUAGGGUCUAAUGGGAAACAGCCAUACCAAGGCCGAAAUGCAUUUGAGGUAACAAGGAUGGUAACAGGAGGUGAAAGACCAAAUAUGGUAUCCAUUACUAAUAACUUCCCAGAGUUCUUGUGUGACAUGAUGAUGGCAUCGUGGAGUCCAAAUCCCGAGACACGACCAACAUUUGAAGCUUUGAAGAACUUCAUAGAAAAGGGUAUGACAGAGUACAUGACAGAGGAUGCACAGCACAUAGCUACAGUGCAGUUGCUACAGGAAAUGGGCAGGCAUAUACAGCCUCAACAAUCGCAGUCAGUAGCACAGCAGCAAAAUCAACAGCAAGUUCAGCAAAACUACCAAGAACAGGCUGCCAGGGCUGGCAAUGCACCUGUGCCUGAAUUUCUAGAUUACAUGGUAGCAUCAGGUGAUCAGCAGUUACCUAGAGGAGGUCUUCGUACAGAUGGUGCAGCUAAGGGACUUCAUGGAGGUUCAACAAAGAGGCAACCAGAGGAACAGGAUGAGUCUCUAAUAGGUAGCAACCAGAGACCUCCAAUAUCUGGUCAACAGAGGGGAAUAUUGGAACCUGGAGAUGUUGCUACAAGGAGUCUUACUCCAAAGGAAGCAAUACAGUGGGAUGGUAUUUCACCUCAACCACGGCAACAAGUACGGAAUCAACCUCCACAGCCCUAUGUGCCAACUAAUGAUCUUGUUGUUCAUGAUGAGGUGAACAACUCAAAGCCUUUGCCCCAAGAAAAUGAAAAUCCACGAGAAAUUUUUCUUCAGCCUCGAGAUGUCAGAGGUGCUGCCCCUGAAUCAACCCCAAUGUCAUUAAACUCACCAGGUGGCGCCACUAAUACUGGUAACCAUGGUAUCCGGGCCCGACCUGAAAACACAAUAAAAAACAUGGAAGCUGCCGCCUUAAGGGUUACUGGAGGGAUGCACUAUGACAUUGGGCUUGCUACACUACCUGAGAAUAUGGAUGUUGAGGACGGUGUGCAAAACGGAGGGGCCAGACCAAAAAGCAACCUACCACGAAAUGUUCGAAGGGAUGCUCCAGAUGUAGAAAUGAGAGAAGAUAACAGCAAUAAAUACAAGAGUAUGCAAGAAACACAGCCAGAACCAGAGUUAGGACCUUUCGGAGUGAAACUUGAGCCUCGCCACACACGUGGAACACCUGUGGAUGACCUUCCCGAUUAUGUAGAUGAGGAUAUGGAGGAUGACAGCAUUCACAAAGAGAAGGAAGAGGCAAAGAAAAAGAGUCAAAGGUCAGGUGGGGAGCGUAAUCCAGACAUUGUCCAUAAACACAAAUCUGGAGCAGAGACACGUAUCUACAAUGCUGGUGGAGCUGGAAACAUUCAGAUUGGGAAUAACAACUUCAUGGUUGUCGGCAAUCCUGAUGGGGUGGUUGAUCUGAAUGUUGGUGACAUCAUGCGUGAUGUUCAGAGUACAGUGUCUGGGGCAUUGAAUUCUAGUGGUAUUGAUAUACACAGUGGGAACAUCAACAUUCAAGGAACAAAUAUUAACUUGGGUGGAAGGAAACCACCGAAAGUUAUAAAGGGAACGAUAACCAAAUCACAGCGUAAAAUAACAAAUAACGACAUAGAUAUCUGUGCAAGGCAUACUGGGAAAUAUUGGAAGAAGCUUGGUAGAGAGCUUGGAUAUAGUGACGGACAAUUGGAUAAUUUUGAACACGACAAUUCCCAGUCGAUGUAUGAAAUGAUAUAUCAGAUGUUGCGCGAUUGGAGAUCCAAGAAAAGUGGCCAGGCUACUGCAGGUCUUCUUGCUAAAACUCUGAAUGCAGUACAGAAGGCCGAUGUUGCUCUCAAAAUCCCUAAAGACCCCAAUGAAAAGUAAAAAAACAAUGGCUAGAGAUUGGACAUUUUUACACUUGGCUGGUUAUGUUGGUAUAAUAGCAUAUUGCGUCAUUAGUAAAAAUGUCCAAUGUCAAGCCUGUGUGACAAAAACUACUAAAAGUGAUCAUUACUAUUUAGUAGUUUGUGCAAUGAAUACUAGAGUGUGUAGAUAACAUAGUGGUAUUCUGUAUGUUAUGCAGUGCAGGACCAGGCCAGUAGCCAGGGGGGUUCAACAAGGGGACCCCCUCUAGCCAAACAUUUCUUAAAGGUAAUACAAUUUUUCACACUUUUUAGCUUUACAUGUGAUUUUGGGCCAAAUUUGUCAAAGUGAUCCCCCCUGGAAAUUUUCUGAAAAAUGAACCCCCCUUGGCAAA